GAGUAGUGUACUAUUGUGAUUUAGUGAUGCCAAGUUUAUUAUUUUUGUUGGUUUUCUCAGUAAUAAGUUCUAAAGGGGCUAUUAGUCAAAAACUCUAUAUAGUGCUGAGAUCAAACGAUGAGACCUUCACGAUAGCAGAUAAAGGGGUAUAUCAAUUUACAGAAAAUGAGAGAGCUUCUAUGGACUGCGUCUUAGACUGCAGUGCAUGCUUAGAUGAAAAUUACUACAUCCUACACUUUUAUUUAGAUGGAAAUGGAAUUAGUAAAAUUUAUACUGUCAAAGCAAAUUCUACAGUAAAAUUAUCAUCGACGUUCACACUUCACAAAAAUGCUAAAGAGAUAAUUUGCAACGCCACAUACCUAGAUUUUCAUAACGGAAGUCCGAAUGGGUCGAUAGUAAAACUCCAGUUAUUAUUGCCAAACCGCCAAGACAACCCACGUAAAGGAAAACAAAUAGACCCACCACGGUUUGAAUCGCCAAAGAUAUCCCCUGGCGUGUUCACAGACACCGGUGCGCGUACAGCAGUGUUUACAUGUUCAGCGGUUAGAUAUCGACUAGCUCUCCUGUCUUGGCAUCAAAUGAAAGGUACUGAACGCAUACUUCUCAAGGCGGUUUCUCCUUCAAACUAUUCGUCUGGAACGUUAUACAACUCAACUUUAUACAAAAAUCUGUUAGAGAGCGAUAGAGACACAGGACUGUACUGCGUAGCACGGUACUUUCUUGACGGCCCACAACUCUCAGAUAGAGUGGUUAGCAAGAGAAUCAGCCUAGCGUUCAACAGACGUGUUGAAGCCACUUCUGAAGAUCCCCAUGUGCCGCAAAACACUGGCUCUUUGGCACUAUCGGCAUCAAUGGGAUCAGUUGCAAUUGUGUCCUUAAUAGUCGUGAUUGUUCUGGUUACAGUCAUUCUGAAGUACAGGAAGAAGGUCAAUGAAUUCAAACGAUAUGAAGCAUUGAGAAAUCGACAGCCUUUGCUUCCGCCACAAACUUCUGAUAACUUUUAUGAGCCGGUAUACGGUCACGGUGCAGGGCUUAAAAGGCCGAAGGUGACGCCUAAAGUGAAGCCGAAGGUCACGCAGCACUAGGACAUCAUCAUUCCUGUUUGGCUGACUAGACUAGACUAGAAUACUUAACAACGCCAUGUUAUUUUUCAUAAAAAAGUUCUUGCAAGGGGGCCACCCUCUCUUGAAACGUCUUAAAUAUGGCUAUUCGUCUAAAGCGCCCUCCACACUUGCGUGCGUAUCGCGGCGCGACACCGCGAAUGUGUGGAGGGCGCUUAAACGUCUGUCAAUACUAACGUCUAUAAAAUUAUGUACAUAGUCAAUUAAUAUGGCCAUUGGCCACAUCUCCGUACGUACGUGUUCGGUUUUGUGUGCGUUGUUCGCCGUCAUUUGCCACGCAUGCACAUGGAUGUACCAAAAAAAGAUUUUUUUCCCCUCACUAGCUCGGAAACACGUGUUUUGUCCUUUAAUACCAGCGGGUAAAAACGCAUUUUAUCCACUAGUGGGUAAAGUAA